AUGCCCAAACCCCAAUUUACAGUCAUAAUAGUAGGCGGCGGAAUCGCCGGCCUCACACUCGCCCACUGUCUCUAUCGAGCGAACAUCCACCACAUUAUCCUGGAGAAACACACCGACCUAUCACCGCAAGUAGGUGCCUCGAUCGGUAUCCUCCCGAACGGUGCCAGAAUCCUUGACCAGUUAUCCCUCUACGAACAUAUUGAGAAACAUAUCGAGCCUCUUGAUAAGGCACAUGUUUCUUAUCCGGAUGGGUUUGCUUUUACGAGUUUGUAUCCGAGGAUACUUCUGCAGAGAUUCGGCUACCCUAUUGCCUUCUUCGAUCGGCAGAAGGUACUUGAGAUUCUGCAUACACAGUACCCUCAACCGUCGAAUAUCUAUACGAAUCAACGCGUUAGCGAGGUUCAUCGUGUGGGGAGCCAUGUGGAGGUGGUAACAGACUCGGGUGCACGGUAUAUUGGCGACUUGGUCGUUGGUGCUGAUGGGGUUCAUAGCAAAGUGCGGUCUGAGAUAUGGAGGAUGGCGGAGAAGUUGCACCCGGGGCUAGUGACCCAGAAGGAGAUGAGGAGUAUGUCAACCGAGUUCUGCUGUGUCUUCGGAAUAUCAUCCAGUGUACCUAUGUUGGAGAUCGGAGACCAAGUCAAUGCCUUUCAAGAUGGGCUCAGCAUCAUUACCAUCAUCGGGAAGGAUGGACGCGCAUUCUGGUUUGUUAUCAAGAAGCUAGAUCGGAAAUAUACAUAUCCUCAGACUAUCCGAUUUAAUGAUGAGGCAGCGGCACGUUUGUGUGAGGGGGUGGCUGAUGUUCAGUUGAUGGCCGGACUUACGUUUGCUCAAGUGUGGAAGACCCGAUUGGUGUCUUCGAUGACCAUGUUGGAAGAGAAUGUCUUCCACACGUGGCACUGUGGCCGUGUCGUUUGCAUUGGUGAUAGUGUUCAUAAGAUGACACCCAAUAUCGGACAAGGAGCCAAUAUGGCCAUUGAGGAUGCGGCUGUCUUAGCAAACCUACUACAUAAGAAGCUCGGACAUGGUGAAGUGGAGGGCCUCAGUGAUGCAGGUGUGAAUGCACUUCUUCAUGAGUUUCACUCGAUCCGCUACAGCCGUGUCAAAAGCAUAUAUAUUGCUUCACGGUAUUUGGUUCGAUUGCAGGCCCGAGACGGACUGUUAAACAAACUUCUUGGGCGAUAUUGCAUUCCAUAUGCUCCUGAUAUACCGGCGGUAAUAGGGUCCCGGUCGAUCCGAGGGAGCCCGUCGAUCGACUUUCUACCAUUGCCGGCAAGAUCGGGUCCCGGAUGGUCCAAGUAUAGGUCAGGGGAGGGGAGGUAUAUCUUAUCCUUGCUAACUGUUCUGUUAGUAGUCGUUGCGAGCUACAGCUUUUAA